AUGGCAUUUACUUGGGAUACACCAUUUGGAGUCAAAUUAUGGCCCAUCUUUAACGAAAUCGUAUCAACUGCAUCGGGGGGAUAUUUUGUUCCUGGCGAGUUUCGUUUUGUACAGGGAGAGUUGCCUCUCUCAACCCUACACCCAGUCUUGUUAGCUAUCGCCAGUUACUACAUUGUGAUUUUUGGCGGCAAUUACUUAUUCAAGAAGCUUCAAAUCAAGCCAUUUGUGCUAAAUGGAUUGUUUCAGAUUCACAACUUGUUUUUGACCACUUUGUCCUUGACCUUGUUGACUUUGAUGGUUGAACAAUUGGUGCCCAUGAUUUACCAUCAUGGAUUGUUUUAUGCUAUUUGUUCGCCAAAAGCAUGGACUCAGGAAUUGGUUUGCUUGUACUACUUGAAUUACUUGACUAAGUUUGUUGAAUUUAUAGAUACUGUGUUUUUGGUUGUCAAGCAAAAGAAGUUGACGUUUUUGCACACGUAUCACCACGGUGCUACUGCGUUGUUGUGUUACACUCAGUUGAUUGGUGAUACUUCUAUCUCAUGGGUUCCAAUCUCGUUGAACUUGGGGGUUCACGUCGUCAUGUACUGGUACUAUUUCCUUGCCGCUAGAGGAAUCAGAGUUUGGUGGAAGGAAUGGGUCACUCGUUUCCAAAUUAUUCAAUUUGUGUUGGACUUGGGUUUUGUUUACUUUGCCACUUAUCAAAAGCUUGUGAUUCACUUUUUGCCAAAUUACACCGACGUUCUCCCAGUUUGUGGUGAUUGCGCUGGUCACUUGUACUCGGCCUACUCUGGUUGUGCUAUUUUAUCAUCCUACUUGGUCUUGUUUAUUGCCUUCUACAUUGACGUUUACAAAAGAAAAUCUUCAAAAAAGAGUAAAAUUGUCAAAGCAGUUGAUGGCGGUGUUGCUGCUCAAGUGAAUGAAUAUGUAUAUGUCACUGGUAGAGAAGCUACUCCAGUCCCAGGUGAAAAGGUACGUUCAAGAAAAGCAUAG